AUGUUGAAAGGCUACCUCCUCUUUCUUCUUACCCUGCUCAUCUCCCUCUCCUCCGCCAUGGGCAGCGGCUUCAAGCGCAGCUGGGCAGUUCUCGAAUCGGACAACAUCCAGACUGCCAGCCAGCAAGAUGGCCUUCCAAGCAACAACUCAGUCGGCUACGUCCCUUCCGCUACUGACCCCGCGAACUUCAUCAACUACUGCACCAGAAGAGUCUUGACAAACGGCCAGUUCUCCAGCCAGAGCUCGUGCAAUGGAAUUGUAAUGGGCGACAUCCCCUCAGACAAGAACAUGGUCUCAACAAUCAUCACCUAUCCGCUCCCAGGCCAGACCGUCCUAGCUCACAAAACCUUCCCCAUCAACUUCCGCACACUGAACCUCGCCACGGGAUCCGUCACGAACCCUAAUUCGACCCUGUACUCCGCUCCCCAGUCUCUGCAGGGCGGAAACAUCGUCGGCCACGUCCACGUCACCAUCCAGUCUCUGUUCGACUUCAGGAAUGACCAGCUGGAGGGGUACGGCGUGCCUCCCGACCCAGCCAACUUCGUCUUCUUCAAAACUGUCUUUGGCGAAGAGAAUGCGCAGAAUGGGUACUCGGUUCCUGUGGCGGACGGGCUGCCGAUUGGCUUCUAUCGCGUCUGUACGAUGGCUGCUACUAGUAACCAUCAGCCUGUGGUUAUGCCGGUUGUCGAACGGGGUGCGCAGGAUGAUUGCCAGAAAUUCGAGGUCAUUUAG